ACGUUGGGUACAGAGGUAUUUCACAUCCAUUAAAGUUGACAUCUUUGAAUACGUCUGUGCUUUUGGUGAAUAUUUGAUCAAUACUCUCUCCUUUUUAGUCUGUCACAAAAAGAUGAUACAUUUAUAUAUUUGAAACUAUUUAGCUUUAGACUUCCAUGGUUACCCUUAAUGAGAUAAUUUGUAGCCACACAAUUGUCUAUGACUUAUUUUAGACCUCAUGUUUCAAGCCUUUCUUUCUUUCAUUUUUAAACUCCAUGAUUAGUCAAACAUGGUCAUAUAAAUUGGGAUGGAGGGAGUAUUAAUUAUGUUGUUUUCCUAUUUGUAUGUGCCUUAAUUCUUGGUGAUUGGGCUUGUGUAGUGAAGAAUAAAGGCUCCAAUGAGGAAUUGAAUGGUGGGGGAGGGGCUCCUGGCCAGGGGAUGCACGUUGCUAAUGAGAGGGGCCGAUUGAUGGAGAAGUUAGUGAUAAAGCCCAGAGGAGAAGAAGAAGAAGAAGAAGAGAAUGGAGGUUGCACAAACAACUACAGUGAUUUUGACUCGCUUUCUAAUAGCCCCACCAGCGACACUAGUAGCUUGUUGGAAAGGAAUGAUUCCGGGACCAAUUUCACAGGUGGCAGCAGCAGUAGUAGCACUGGCGGGUGUUGUUCUGAGAGUAUGAGUGAGGAAGAUAAUGAAGGGGACGAUGGCUGCUUGGAUGAUUGGGAAGCUGUUGCUGAUGCUUUAGCUGCCACUGAUAAGAAGCAGCAGCAGCUUAGCUCUAGCUUGGAUUCAGCUCCAGAGAGGGAUGAGAAUGUGGUGCAUAUGAGUUCUCCAAAAGAUCCUGAUCGGCAUGAAUCGGGGCUGGAUAUGUCAAAGCAGAAGCCCAGGGAACCUAGAUCUCCGGUCAGCUUUCGAGCGUGGAGGCCUGAUGAUGCAUUCCGUCCACAAAGUCUUCCGAAUUUAUCGAAACAGUAUACUUUCCCUAUGAAUUUGGGGCGGCAUUACCGGGGAGGCUCUGUAUGGGGAUGUAAAAGUUUAUCAAUACCCACAUCAUGUCCUAUAUGCUGUGAGGAUUUGGAUCUUACAGACACAAGCUUUCUUCCUUGUCCUUGCGGGUUUAGGCUUUGUCUCUUUUGUCACAAGAGGAUUCUUGAGGAGGAUGGGCGGUGUCCAGGUUGCAGGAAGCAGUAUAAACAUGCUUGAGGGAGAGACAACCUAAGAUGCAGGCAGUCUGACAUUUCGACCGACUUGUUCUUGUAGCAUGAUAUCAAGGUCGUAGGAACAUUCUGUUUUCUGUGAAUGUGUAUGUGUCGUCCUCUUUCUCCGUGUGGCUUGACUUUGUUAGACUCAGAUUUUUCUUAGCAUUAGAUGUUGAUAUAGGACCGAGAUUCUGAAAGCACGGGGGAACUGUUAUGGUUCUCUUAUAAUUUUGCUAAUUGUAAUAUGGUGCUUGUGCGGAUGUAGAAUACUCGUUUUGUGAAUAGAUAAGCUGGAUUAAAGUUAGGUAGAUUGAAUUUGAUGAUACAAAGCUCAUUGCGCACUUUGUCACCUUCUAUCAGAUUACCAUGAAUAAAAAAGUGCAAACAAUUGGACAUCAAA